AUCCAAACAAGAAGAAAUGGCGACUUCAGCUCCAGUACCCACUUCACUUUCCUUCUUCUCAUCCUCCCUUUUCCUCUCCUCUUCUUCCACCAAACUCCUCACCCGCUUUUCCAUCUCCUUCAAAUCCUCCUCGAAACCCAAACUCUCCAUUUCUUCCCAACUUUCCACUCUUCCCAUUUUAUCCUUUACGGGUGAAAAAAUCGGCGAAACCUAUCUCGACCUCAAGUCGGCCCCACCCGAAACCGCUCGAGCCGUUGUUCACCGAGCAAUCAUCACGGACCAACAAAACAAGCGACGUGGCACCGCCUCCACACUCACCCGCAGCGAAGUUCGAGGUGGCGGGAGAAAACCUUAUCCCCAAAAGAAAACCGGCCGCGCACGUCGUGGGUCCAUGCGCACCCCGCUCCGACGCGGCGGUGGUGUAAUCUUCGGACCCAAACCCAGAGACUGGUCAAUUAAAAUCAACAAGAAAGAGAAAAGAUUGGCGAUUUCGACGGCAUUAUCCAGUGCAGCCGAGAACACGAUAGUUGUUGAGGAAUUCGGGGAUAAAUUCGAGAAACCGAAGACGAAAGAUUUCAUUGAGGCAUUGAAGAGGUGGGGAUUGGACCCAAAGCAGAAAUCGAUGUUUUUGAUGAUGGAAGUGCCGGAGAAUGUGAGUAAAUCAAGCCGAAAUAUCGGGACUUUGAGAAUGUUGACGCCGAGGACGCUUAAUUUGUUUGAUAUUUUGAAUUGCGAUAAUCUGGUGUUGACUCCGGAUGCUGUGGAUUAUUUGAAUGGAAGGUACGGAGAAGAUUAUGAGGGUGACACUGAUGAUGAUGAUGAUGAUGAUGAUGAAGGAGAAGAAGAAGGCGGUGAAGAGGCAGAUGAGAAUGAUGAUGCAGCACAAUGACCUCUUACCACAGUUAUUCUAUAAGCCAUUGCAUUCACAUAGCCUGAAGAAAUUCUCUGCUAUUCAUAAGUCAACAUUGCUGCAGGCUAGUUUUGGUAAAUUUUUUUAGUCCAUUAUUUUUGUAUCUUUGCACAUGUUUAAAAAUUUGUAUCUAUUUAGUUCAUCCGUGUGCUAACAUAUCCCAAGCAUUACUUCCUGUUUUCUUCUCCCUUUAUUUGCGUAUUACUUUUUGUAUUCAUUACUUUUAGUAAGAUUAAUAUGCUUGGUUGCAAUGGAAA